AUGCCGCUCGACAUAUCCAUACCCACGACCAGCGUCUCGAGCAGCGCAAAGCCCUUCACCAUCUACACGGUUUCCAUCCGCCAGCCGCUGCGCACCACGACCAUCAACAAGCGCUACUCGGACUUUGAAGCGCUGCACACGGCGCUUACCUCGUCGGUCAACGAGCCGCCGCCGGCGUCGCUGCCAGGGAAGCACUGGUUCUCGAGUACGGUGAACAACCCAACUCUGACGGAGCACCGACGGCGUGAGCUGGAAGCGUACCUCACCGCCAUCGAGACGGACUCGGACGCGCGGUGGCGGCACACGAGCGCUUGGCGUAGUUUCUUGGACUUGGGCGCUACGCAGCGUGGCAGCAGCAGCGGAACCAAGGAACCCGGACGCGGAGGACUGGGCAUCAAAGAUGCGGGGGCCUGGCUCACGGUGCACCAAGACCUCAAGAGUCAGCUACACCAAGCUCGACUGGCUCUGACGCGACGCGAGCAAGCGCAGACGGCCCAAGCGCAGCACGAGGCUGGCGCGACAGCAAAGAAAUUCCUCGUGCUAGCGGGCACACUUAUCGUUGCGCUGGAAGAGGGCCUGAAAACGUUGGGUGGCGGCAGCAACGACGACUUCACCGGCGAGAAGCUAGGCGAUGGCGAGCUCCGGCGGCGCCGGGACCUGAUCACGGGCGCGCGCAAAGAAAAAGAAGGGCUCGAGGGCAUUCUCAACGCCAUGGCGGUCAAGACGGCCGUUGGUGCCAGCACGUCGUCGCUCGGCGCGAAUUCGGGCACGGCGACGCCACUCGACAAGGCUGGCCUGUUCAGCCGCGGCGCGCGGACAAGCUCCAAGAACACGACCAACAUCGCCGACGUCUUUGCGGACCCGCCGGUGCCCGGCAUCUCGCGCACCCCGACGUCGCGCCGCACCCUGGGCGGCCCGGCCCCCGAGACGCAGCGCACCCGCGAGCUCGACAACUCGGGCGUCUUGCAGCUGCAGCAGCAGAUGAUGCGCGAGCAGGACGAGGACGUCACCGACCUCACCAAGGCCGUGCGCCGCAUGCGCGAGAUGGGCGUCCAAAUUGCCGAUGAGCUCGAGCUGCAGAACACCAUGCUCGGCAUGCUGGACGAGGACGUCGACCGUGUCGGCGGCAAGAUCGACGUCGCCAAGAAGCGUAUUGCCCGGAUCCGAUAG